AAUGGGUCCUCACUGUCUCAGCCGUCUCCCAUUUCUUCUCUUUCGAGCUUUCUAGGGUUUCAUCCCCAACUAUCUCUUCCUCUCGCGCUUCGAGUAGCCGUCAUGCCUCGCCGAAGCUCCGGUCGUCCAGCCCCACGUGCUGCUCCUCGUCCUGCUCCAGUGAGGAACCCUCCUCAACCUGUACAUCAGGCACCACCUCCAGCUCCUGCUCAGGGUGGUGGAUCUCUCCUAGGAGGAAUUGGAUCUACAAUUGCUCAAGGCAUGGCUUUUGGCACGGGCAGUGCUGUUGCUCACAGAGCUGUCGAUGCUGUUCUGGGGCCUCGCACCAUACAGCAUGAGACCGCGGUAUCUGAAGCUCCUGCUGCUGCUGCUGCCCCAGUGAGCAAUGCUGUUGGCACAGAUGCAUGUGGCAUCCACUCUAAGGCUUUCCAGGAUUGCAUCAACAAUUAUGGUACCGACAUCAGCAAGUGCCAGUUCUAUUUGGACAUGCUAAAUGAGUGCCGUCGAGGUUCUGGCGCAGGGCUGGGUGCCUGAUCUAUAUAUAAUUUUCACGAAGUCCAUAUUUGCUCAUGCUGGUCGGGUUUCUUUGAUAAGUAAUAAUAGCACCUUGAACCUUUAUCUGCUAAAGAUACCCUUUGCUAUCCUAGAUUGGCCCUUGGAAGUGAAUCAAAAAAACAUUAUUUCCAUCUGCCAUUUCCCUUGCUAUGAUUAUGAUGUGUAAGCAUCCAACUAAACUUUAUCACCUGGUGUUUUAGAUUCAAUGUGAUGCCGGAAUGACAAUUUUAUUGAUUGCUUGUUGCCAAUUUGAUACA